CUGCGUAGAGGUCUCUGCCCAUAGCUGAAGUGUUUCAGAACAACAGAGUCCUAAGAAUAAAAAGAACCUGAUCAUCUGGGAACUGUCCAGGGCACAGGUGAUACGACAUGGGGGCCAUGGCCAUGAAGGGGACAUCUCCGAAGAGAUUGAUACGACACAGGCCCGCCAUUCCUGUGAAGGUGCACACUGUUGCGCUUGCGCAUUCCAGUGAGUGAGGACGGGAAGCCUGGUCCUGGAGCGAACAAGACUGGGAGACGCCGGCCUUAUAUCUCCAAGCGCUCCGGUUGCCCGGCAAGACUAACCGUGCAGCAUUAGUAUCCAGCCUCGCCGACUUCAAGUACCAGAACCGUCAUGCGGUCGAAAUGGACUUUAAUGGUCGUUUGAGUGCGGGGUGGGCAUCUGGCCAUCUCUGCGUGUGCUCUCUCCUACCAAUUGCCCAGGGGCAUAUGCUGGCCUUAAGCGAAGAGCAAAUCCCGAAGCCACCUCCCCAAAUGACCAUGCAAGCCUCGAUGUGUGCGACUCAUGGGACGGCGCCGUUGGUCAAUAGGCGUCUCAAGUACACAACAAUACUUGGAAAACGGUUCCAGAUCUGA